UCAUCGUAAACAUUUCACACUCACUCAAGAUAGUAAAGAAACAAUGGCGUCUUCUCUUCCUACAUUGCCUCAAGCCUUACCUUCUUCGUCAACCAAAACUUCUUUCUCCUUGGCUACCUUCAGAUCUCCUUUCCUAAGAUUCAAUGGUUCCACUUCCUUCAUCCCCUCCUCUAUCUCCCUCACUUCACGUGGUACAUCCUCCAUGACCAUCAUCCCACGUGCUGCAGCCGAAGAAUCCGACUCUAACGAAGCCUUAGCCAACACUACCUUCCACGGUCUCUGCUAUGUCUUGAAAGACAACAUAGACACCGACCAGAUCAUCCCAGCAGGAGCCGCUUGCACCUUCCCAUCAAACCAGCAAGAGCGUGAUGAGAUCGCUGCUCACGCUCUCUCGGGUCUCCCAGACUUCCACAAAACACGGUUCGUUGAGCCAGGAGAGAACAGAUCAAAGUACUCAAUCAUAAUCGGUGGAGAAAACUUUGGUUGUGGAUCGUCACGUGAACACGCUCCAGUCUGUCUAGGAGCAGCUGGAGCUAAAGCCAUAGUUGCUGAAUCCUACGCAAGGAUCUUUUUCCGUAACUCGGUGGCUACAGGAGAAGUGUUUCCGCUGGAGUCAGAGGUUAGAGUCUGUGAGGAGUGUAAGACAGGAGACACGGUGACGAUCGAGCUAGGUGAUAGUGGUGGUUUAUUGACUAAUCACACAACCGGGAAAAACUAUAAGCUGAAGUCGAUCGGUGAUGCGGGACCGGUGAUUGAUGCUGGUGGUAUUUUUGCUUACGCGAGGAUGAUGGGAAUGAUUCCAUCAUUGGCUUAAUCCUCUUCCACAACCAUGAUGGUGUUGUUGUAUGCAUAACUCUUUAUAUUUGAUGAAUAUGUGUGUUUAGAGUUCUCUAUUUUCUUACUUUUCUGUUUGUUUGAUUUGGUGUUGUUGUAGUUACCUAAAGAAUAAGAAAUCAAAAGCCAAAUAGACCAACAUGUUCCAA